ACAAUGUGGGUGUGGCUAAACGUCAAUGUUUAUGUAGCCCGCUGUCCGUGUAUGUAACCGCACCAAGGACUCUGACUGCAAUGUGAUUUUCUGACAUUGAUUUGUUUUCCUAGUAUUUCCCCGCUGUCUUUACUACAUUAUGCACCAGUUGUUGAUAUGGGAAGCCACUAGAAGGUGAAACACGGAAGAAUCCGAGGAAAAAGCCGAAAUGGCAGGCGCCUUUGGGUUCAAAGGCUGCCAGAAAAUUCGAGGUCCGCAGAUUAGAAGUCUGCUGGAUGCGAAGGACUUCAUCCUUUUCGACUGCGACGGGGUUAUAUGGCACGGAGAGAAGGCAAUAACGGGCGCGGCGAAGGUGGUGAGUUCGCUGAUACGGCACGGCAAAAACGUAGUGUUCGUCACCAACAACUGCACCAGGGCCCGGGAGAAUUAUGUGCACAAGUUCUACCGGCUGGGCUUCACCGACGUGAUGCUGGAGCAAAUCUUCAGCUCGUCGUACUGCUCGGCUCUCUACCUGAGAGACGUCGUCAAGGUCCGCGGACAGGUGUUUGUCAUGGGCUGCGACGGACUGCGCAGAGAGCUGCAGGAGGCGGGCAUCCCUUGCGUGGAGGAGGCGGACGAUCCGGACGCCACCAUCUACAAUUGCGCCCUGGCUCCGGACGUCAAGGCAGUGCUGGUGGGACAUGAUGAUAAACUGACUUUUCUCAAAUUGGCCAAAGCCUCGUGCUACCUGAGGGACCCGGACUGUCUGUUCCUGGCCACCGACAACGACCCCUGGCAUCCUCUGUCAGGUGGAAGGAUACUGCCAGGUUCUGGGUCUCUCACUGCAGCUCUUGAGGUCUCCUCAGGACGCAAGGCCACUGUGAUCGGAAAGCCCAGCCGCUUCAUGUUCGAGUGCAUCUCCAGUCAGUUCAGAGGGGUGGACCCAGCCCAGUGCCUGAUGAUCGGGGACCGCCUUGAGGUAGACAUGCUGUUCGGGUCCAACUGCGGCUUUGAAACCAUGCUCACUCUCACUGGCGUGUCUCAGAUCGAGGAGGCCCAGGAGUACAGGAAUAGUGAGCUGACCACCAAUCACAGCUUGGUGCCCGACUACGUGGUGGACACCAUCGCCGAUUUCUUACCUGCUUUUGAGGAACUGGACGAACAGAGCAAUUGACAAGUCCUUUCGCCUCCGGUACGGAGCAUAAAUUGCUUCUACUACAUUUCAAGUGCAAUGUUUAGUCUGGCGUUUGCAAAAAAACCCUGUACCUAUCCACAAUUAUCAAAAAGUAGAAAUGUUCCUCAGUAACAAGGCGCUGUUAAUGUUGUGACCAAGACACGCAUAGGACCGAAUAUUUUCCCCAAAAUAAUCAGAGUAAUCCAGUGCAUACCUCAGUGUUUCUUCUAGUGUUGUGCCCAUUUGUGACUUGACAGUUCCUUGUUGCUGUAAAUGUUUAUAUUAAUAUAUGAAUAUACUGCACUUUCUCCUUCAUGAAUUUCAUAGGUCGUGUUUGACAUUUGGUUUUGAACAUCCAGAGGUAUUUUUGUAAAGCCAUGAAUUGGUCUGUAAUGACAUUCAUGUGUUGAGUGUUUUUUCUUCUUUUUUUUCCAAAAGGCAGACAUGUAUUUACUGACACAGAAUUGUUUUCUCAUGUGUGUUUUCCUGGAUGUGGCUUCUCCUCGAUUAAUUCAUAAAAAGAGGAGAAAACAAAAACUUAAACCGUUUUCUCAGCUCUGGUGGAAACUAAGAUGACAAUCUGCCAGUCAGACAGGUGAAGUGUGUAUUCACCUUUCUGUCAUGUACUGUCUGUACUACUUCUUGUGCCAAUAUUCAGCUGAGUACUAAACAGCUUUCUGAAUCUCGUAGUUAGUAAAUUAUUAAUGGUGGCCGGUCAUACUGCACUGUUGUGAAAUUUCAAUGUUUCAAUGUUUACCAUAUAGAGCAUGCCAGCAAUGGUAACAAUAAAAACCUAAAAUAAUCUAAA